GUAUUGAAACAUAUUCUAGAUCAAUUUCCAACGAUGUUAAGUAGAGUGUCCAAGAGGUUCAUUUCUAUUUCCCUCAACAAGCAACAACCCCCAGUCUCACUUCCUUUCAUUCCUUUGGUCAGUGAAAGUGGAUUCCCUGGUGCAAUUGGUAAUACUCCAUUAUUGAGAUUGCCAAAUAUUUCCAAAUCAGUGGGAAGAAACAUAUAUGCCAAGGCUGAAUUUAUGAACCCAGGUGGGUCAAUUAAGGAUCGUGCUGCCUUAUAUGUCAUUGAAGAUGCCGAAAAGAAGGGAUUAAUCAAAGCUGGUGGUACCAUUGUCGAAGGUACCGCCGGUAAUACUGGUAUUGGUUUAGCACAUGUGUGUAGAGCUAAAGGUUACAAGUGUGUUAUCUACAUGCCAAAUACCCAAUCAAAAACCAAGAUUGAAACAUUAAGAUUGUUAGGUGCCGAAGUUCAUCCUGUUCCUGCAGUUGCUUUUACUGAUCCUGAAAAUUAUAACCAUCAAGCCAAGAGGCACGCCGAAAGAUUGGACAAUGCUGUAUGGACCAACCAAUUCGACAACAUUGCCAACAGACAAGCACAUAUUGAAACUACUGGGCCAGAAAUUUGGGCCCAAUUGGAUGGUAAAGUGGAUGCAUUUACUUGUUCUACUGGUACUGGUGGUACUUUUGCUGGUGUCACCAGAUACUUGAAGACUAUUUCCAAUGGUCAAGUUAAGGCAGUCUUGGCUGAUCCACCAGGAUCUGUUUUGUAUUCAUACAUCAAGUCUGAUGGAAAGGAAAUGAUCCGAGGUGGAUCAUCCUUUACCGAAGGGAUUGGUCAAGGUAGAGUCACUGACAAUUUGCAGCCAGAUAUAGAAUUGAUUGACGAUGCUGUAAAAAUUCCAGAUGAAGACUCUAUCGCCAUGGUUUACAGAUUGUUGGAUGAAGAAGGAUUGUACCUUGGAGGAACUGGUGCAUUGAAUGUGGUUGCUGCAUGUGAAGUUGCCAAGACCUUGCCUGAAGGAAGCAAUGUUGUCACCAUCUUAGCUGAUUCAGCUCAUAAAUAUGUCGACCGUAUCUUUUCCAAGACCUGGUUGCAAGAAAAGAACUUGUACGAUGCUAUCCCAGACAACUUAAAGAAAUAUGCUGUCUUGGAUUAACCAAUAUUUGUGCAUUAUGUAUAUACUAUGUAUAUACUAUGUAUAGUAUCAGCUAAAAUCGGACACCUAACUUAUCGUCUAAACAUCCUCGUAUACUUUGCAUGGUUCUAGUUAUGAAGAACAGUCGUGUGUGGAAUCAAAAAAAUUUUCAAAAAUUUUUUUUUUUUGUUUUUCUUCUGUGAACUUCAUCUGCCUCAAUUUUGCUGUUGCCAAAAAGUUUUUGACAACCAAAAAAGUUUUACAACCAGGGGGACACCAUAUACAAGCUUUCAACAGCAUAGAAAUUCUCAUAUGAAGUUGGAUUUGUAGCAUCAAUAUAAAUCUAAAGGAGAAGAAGAAGACGGUAACUAUAUAGCAGCAUAUACUAAACGAUAAAGUUACACCCAUU